AGUUCUCGCUGCCCCGGAGGCUAUGCUACUGCUAGGAGCCGGCGCAGGGUGGUCGGGGGGGUGAGCAGGGUGCCGCUGGCUGCUGGGGUCUGCAGGUCACCGAGUCCCCAGGAGAGGGGACUCCUAAGAAGGCACCUGCCUGUGUUUACCCGGCAGCGAGCGCGCCGGCCCCCGGGAACUCCCGGCAGCGCACAGGAAAGGCCGUUGCGCCCCGCGAGGGAAACAGAGCCGUUGACCAUGGUUGCAACUGGCAGUUUGAGCAGUAAGAACCCGGCCAGCAUUUCAGAAUUGCUGGACUGUGGCUAUCACCCAGAGAGCCUGCUAAGUGAUUUUGACUACUGGGAUUAUGUUGUUCCUGAACCCAACCUCAACGAGGUAAUAUUUGAGGAAUCAACUUGCCAGAAUUUGGUUAAAAUGCUGGAGAACUGUCUGUCCAAAUCAAAGCAAACUAAACUUGGUUGCUCAAAGGUCCUUGUCCCUGAGAAACUGACCCAGAGAAUUGCUCAAGAUGUCCUGCGGCUUUCCUCAACAGAGCCCUGUGGCUUGCGAGGUUGUGUUAUGCACGUGAACUUGGAAAUUGAAAAUGUAUGUAAAAAGCUGGAUAGGAUUGUGUGUGAUUCUAGCGUGGUGCCUACUUUUGAGCUUACACUUGUGUUUAAGCAGGAGAACUGCUCAUGGACUAGCUUCAGGGACUUUUUCUUUAGUAGGGGUCGCUUCUCAUCUGGUUUCAGGAGAACUCUGAUCCUCAGCUCAGGAUUUCGACUUGUUAAGAAAAAACUUUAUUCACUGAUUGGAACAACAGUCAUUGAAGGGUCCUAAAAAGGGAAAAUAUAUAAAGCUUAUUUCAUGAUUGGGUAGUAAAACUAUUCAGCUAGUCAGCUAAAGUCAUUUGUAGUUUGCCCCACCUGUCCUCAAUAAGAAACCCCAAAUGUAGUCCAUUUUCUUUCUGUAUUUCACAUUCUUAGCAACUGCAGCUAACAGGCUGAUUUUCUGGCCUUUCGAGAAGUGAUCCGAAAUAGUGUACAUUUUCUGCAUAUAUCCCAUUUUUGUACAGAAUUGAAUGGGAUGGAAUAGGUAAGCAAAAGUAGAAGUCCAUUUGAGUUUUACAUUUGAUUCCACAAUUUUGUUUCAGGUAGGCUUGGUAAUAGACUAUAUAAACCAGAUUUGCCUAGUUUGAUUUUCAUAUGACUUUUUUUUCUGUAAGUUUUCAGGGUGAUUCUUUAAAUCACAGAAUCUUACUCAAUGAUACUUAGCUGAUCAAAACUUCCAGAAGCCCACACCACCAGUUCAUGACUCAAAUUUGAAGAGUUCUUAGACAGGAGGGUAGGAUUAAGUAGGUGAAUUUAACUAAAACUUAACCCUAGGUAAGAGUGAAUGAGAAAUUAUGGCAAUAAUGGAACUGCUUCACUGUUUCUUGGUGACUUCCUCACUCUAAUGUUUUAAAGAGGUGACGAAAGCUUGUGCUACCAUUUCAGUAACCACGGUGUUGUUUUAGAUGCCUUUAAAAGCUCAGUUUCCCUUGUUCUUAAGUGUUGAAUAUUGUCUUUAAACUAGAAAAAUGCAAAACAUUGAAAUGAUAUUUUUGUGUGUAAUUGAUUACUCAUCCACUGAGUGAAUGAUGAAUACCUGUGAGGAUAGGACAUUAGUUCUGAGAUCUAGUCCCUCUCUGAUUCACUUAGUAAUCUGUCUUCUUUUCAGUAUUACAUAUGCUUAAUCUCAUAUGAACGAUUUCACCAUGACAGUAUUAUCUCAUCUCUGGGCUUUUCUGGGAAUUGAGGAAUCUCUCCUUAACCCCAAUUGUCAAGGGCAGUAGCUGUGUACUACCACUUUGAAUUAUUGAAACGGGUCAAUUUACAAAGUCUGCAUUGGCUAUGGAAAUAUGGUUUAUAGUACAGCCUAGAGAAUGAAACUCACAGUCCAGAUAACCAUGCGCGCACCCAGAUUUUUUCCACCUUGGAUACCUGUCACUAGGGAAUAAUAAAAGCCUUACUUUUUGUCUUAUUCCGACUAAGUAGAUCAUUAUCUCUUUCCUUUUUUAUGUUAAUGAGAGAAUUUAGCCUCUACUCAACAAUGUUCAAUUCAGCAAGGCUUUCAUAUCCUUGCUGUGGCUUAUGGAUAAGGAGCUUUAUUCAGGUUUCCUGCCCUAGCUAUUAGCUCCAUUUCACAUACUGGAACAGAUGUAGGGACAGAUGUAUUCAUCCUGGUGUUACUGAAAAACAGGUGUGAUCCUGUUACUGAUACUAUAAGUGACCUAAAAUGUCACUGUUCAAAUUAGCAAGUGUUCUAACAAACUAAACUCUUCAAACGCUUGGAAAGAUACUACAAAGCCAAUCUUUAUAGAAUUGGGCCAAGAUAAAUCAACGUCAUUUUGCAUGUCUGUUGUCAGGCUCCAAAGGUUCACUGUGUUUCUGCUGCUGUCCUGGAGUUGUCACCACUGACUGGGCAAGGCUUCUUGGGCAUGGAUGUAGAACUGUUGUCCUUUUUCCACUAACAGUUAUCUUUGAUUCUCUUGCCUGUUAUGCUUACAAAAUGGUGAUGGCUUAUGGAGGCUGUUAAAUUAAUAUUCCUGUUAAAGGAAAUUAAAAUUUGUCUAUUUUUUGACAAUAAAGCAUUAUAUAUUUUUAAUUAUCUUGUCCUCUUUUUUUUCGUUCCCCUACUUGAUGCAGUGGUCACAGGAUCAGGGCUGCAAUUACAAGGGCUGUAACUAGAGGUGGCUCAUUCCUAAUAAACCUUAUAUCAGAAUUCCUUAUGGGCCUGAUAGAAGUGGGUUGUGCCUUCAUCUCUUUUGGCAAAAUUGGGGUUAACAGUGAAUGCAGCUGUUUUGCCUGGUAGUAAAAACAACCUACCAAUUUGGGCCUGUGUAGCCUAACCCUAUCUGAAUGAGUGGACUGAAAGGGAGCACCGGCUAGACUGGCAUUGCUGCCUUCCACCUAGAUAGACAAGGUGGGCAAAUGGAGGCAAACCUUCGCUUCCAAAGGUGGAAGAUUUGGGGUAUAAAUGAAGAGAAGGAAGAAUAGUCACUGAGGUUAAAGGAAUUAAUAAAUGAAUAAUAUAAGGAGGGGAAUCCAAUAUUAUCCCUUCAAAAGAGGAUCAGAGCAAGUGAUGAUGAUGUCUUCCAGCUCAACUAUAACAGAUAACAGAUGCCUGAAAAGGUGAAGCUAUGUUUGCAGAGACUACUUUUGAAAUCAGACAAGAUCGAAUGGAAGCCUACAAACUUGAGUGACCUCAUUCUAGGAGACAUAUUUAUACUAUACAAUGGACAUGAUUAAUUAUAAAUGAUUCAGUGAGAUUCUAGGAGUGCUGCGGUAUCUUUUAAGUUGUAUGUCCUUUUGAUAUAAGGAAUCCUUAUUGGAAGAUUAGGAUGGUCUUCAAAUAUAUGUUGUGAAAUAUA